AUGAAUUUUCUAAUGCAGCUUUUGGCCGGUUUGCUUAUCAGCACCACCACGGCCAGUAGUCCCGAAAAGGAAAAAAAUAUCUGCUCAAGACGCGUUUGUAUGAUUUGUGCAUAUGUUUUGGAGAAUAACGUCGCAACUGAAGAACACAGGAACAUUUGCGAUUAUAUCUUAAACGAAACCGAUUGCUGUUUUGCGAGUUCCGCCGCGAAAUUCUUCUAA